GAGGAAGGGGCUGGCACGCCACCAUUACGCCUUUUUCACCGGCACAUCCGAGCCGCGCCGGCGCUGGGCCUUCACGGUACGGGUGAUUUUCCACUGGACUUUUGUUGUCUAGUCUAAACAGAAACAAACCAUAAAAACGCCCACUUUACAAGACAUCUGAAUCUUACUCGGGGUCAAAGAGGGCCCCGGGCGAGAUUCAUAUAUUUUUUUGUCAUACUUCUGGACUGCAGUAAGCAAACAACACUGCGAGGAAGAUGGACAACAACAUGGCGUGCAAUGAGUUGGAGGAUAAGAAACAGCCUUGGGACGCCGAGGAAAUCGAGGCUCUGGUUUCUCUCUGGGCAGACGAGAGUGUGCAGACGGAGCUGGAGUCAUCGGUGAGGAAUGAGAAAGUGUAUGCCAGGAUAUCUGCCGACUUGAAAGAAAUUGGCAUCAACCGCAGUCUCAAGCAGUGCCGCGAAAAGGCGAAGAAAUUGAAGCACGAAUACAAGAUGCUGAAGAGACACAACGAGCAGGGUGGAGCGGCGGAUCAGAAGAAAAGCAAAUAUUACCACCUGUUCGACUCGGUGCUUGGAAACAGACCGGCAAAGGUUGUGUCCGCUUCGUCAAAUUCGACGGCUCUUUCAGUGGGAGUAGUGUUGGAUUCCCCGCAAGAAUCCGAGAAUGCAUCGUCUGUCAACAGCACUUCUUACGCACAACCUGGCCCCUCAUCAGCAACACAUGUGACCAGUCCCAGGACCACGCAGGGGAAAAAGCGAAAAAGGACAGAUGCGUCAAAUUCUGUCUCAGAAUUUGCAAAAUGCAUGCGAGAUUCCGAUGAAAGGUUCAUGGAUUUUCUGCGUCAAGAAAUGCGGGCCGACCGAGAGAUGAAAGAGAGGCAGAUGAAUUUAGACCGUGAACAAAGCAAACGGGAAGCAGAGGCAUCAGCAUCAUUAAACAGAGAUUUGGUGUCAUUUCUUGGACAAUUAGGGCAAGCACUAUUGCCAAGGAACACAAGAGAUUUUCCUUUGGAUUAAAGACAGACGUUUGUUAUGUCCAGAAAUAUGUUUGUCUCAAUGUAUAUUGUUUUAUGUAAAGUUACAUUCUAUUGUAUAUUGUAUGAUAAGUUGUUUUUGUCAAUAAAACGUUUAUU